AUGACGGAUGAAAGCAAGUCGAAGAAGGUGGAUGAGGAAGUUAGAAUAGAAAAAGGAGCCGAAAAUUUUACGAUAGUGAAGAAGAUAACGACCACAGUGCACCGCGUCUCUUUCUCUCGUAAACUUGCAUCUCUGCUUGCUGCUUACGAAGCGUGGGUGGGCAGCCACGCGAGCUUGGCUCGCAAUGUCGAGACAACUUUGUAUGUAGCACCGCAGCUCGUGCCAAAAAACGUCAUGGAGCCAGAAACGGUGGCGCAGUUUGGAUACUCGCUCGUAAGAUUGCUGCAUCUGUAUCAUGACUAUAUACUAUGGAAGAAAUACAACAAGAAAACGAAUUUACCGACUUAUUGGCAAAAAUUGACGAGAUUGAUUCGUGUGCCUCUUUCUCUCAUUUCAUACGUCGAAGUGCUAGCGGAGGUCGUCGCUCGUCGAGUCGGUGGCGAUGUAGGCAAAUGGCGCCUUAUUGUGUGGAUUGAAGUCGUUAAGGCUGGGCUACGCCUCACUCUGCUGGCUCAGCGUCGUCGUCUAAUGCUGAUUCGUGGUGGCAAUUAUAAUGGCGUAGAGUCUGGACCUCGGUCACCCACGUUUGCACGUUUUACAAAAGCUAAGCAGCUUGGUACCCGUACAGGCAAAAGUCUCAGCAAGCCAAUUGAGCCGAAAAUGAAUUCUGUUGUGGAAAAUAGUGCCGACAAAUCAAACAAGAUCUCGUUUGAGGACGCGACGAUUGAAUUUGCAAAAAGCUCACGAGAUAGUUUUCUGAUUGCAGGAGAGGUCUGCCACAUUUUGCGACCUGUAGUUUACGCACUGCUGCGACGUCGACGAAGCGCGAAUUCCUGGACUCCUGUCUUCUUAUCGCUUGUUGUCGAACUGACGGGAUUAGCAUUUUCUACGGUUGCAGUCAAGCAGGUUGAACUCGUCGAGGAGGCUUACAGUGACAAGGCUACAAAUGAGUUAGCAGCUCGAAAGAUGGCCCUGCUUCUGUAUUUACUUCGCGAUCCGGUAUUUGCGACUGUCACAAAGCCCGUGUCGGAUAAGGCUGCGGACAUCGUGGACUGUGUACCUGGAAUUGGAAAGCUAUUCCGUUUCGGAGCGACUGCCAUUUUGAACUAUUACCAUCAAUUCCACUUCUACACAUCGGCGUCGUAA